ACCCUCCCCUCCCCUUCCCCUUCCCCUACAAAGUCUCGUAGCAAGAAGAACACGUCUCAUUCGCUCCUCUUUGCCUUCCUAGUCACUCCCCCCCACCCCCGAAAAGCCAGUCGUCCUUUUUCUUUUAUUUUCCUCCUGCACUUUCCAUGCACCCUUCAUAACGUCACCCUAUGCAAGGUCCGAUCCUCACACCCUUUUAGUCUCUCUCUCUCUCUCUCUCUCUCUCUCUCUCUUUCUCUCUUGAUCGGAUCACGAGAUUUUCCAGGCAAAUUCUCUUCGAUGGCUAAGUUGGGCCUCGUGUUGGUCCUGGUCCUGGCCACCGCGAUCCCGAUCAGGGGACUUAACUCGCGGAACCUGGACGACACCUCCGCCCCCGGAUCGGACAAGUGCGGCUCCUGCAGUCAGUCGCCUCCUCCGCCGCCGUUGCCGCCGCCGCCCGCCCCUUACCCACCGCCGCCGCCCGCCCCUUGCCCGCCGCCCCCGCGGCCACCCCCGUCCCCCCACAAGAAGCCACCGUGCUGCCCCGUGCUGCCACCGCCGCCGCCGCCGUCCUCCUACAUAUACAUCACCGGCCCGCCGGGGAGCUUGUACCCCAUCGACCAGAGUUUUAACGGCGCAGGUCAGAGCUCCACCGCCGGCAUGCCGCUCCUGGUGGGAUUGGGGCUGCUGGGUCUUCUGGCGCUUUGGUGAACCAAAUAGGAUGGGUCUUGUUUCUAUCUUAUUAACUCUUUCUUUUCCCGAUCUUAAGGACUAUAGAAGAUCAAGCGCAAGCCAUAAGGUGGGCCGAAAUACUUCUAGGGACAACGUGGUAUGGUUCAGUAGAUGCGUUCGAGGACGGCAGGCGAUCUGACGAAGAAAAUUUUUAUACUUUUUAAGGGGAAGUGAGUACACAAAAUCUGGGACAUAUGCUUCUUUUAACCUUUUCGGAUUUUCUGUUCAUUCUUCUUCUUCUUCUCCUUCUUCUUCCUCCUCUUGUCGUGUUCUCUCCUUGUACUUGCUCCGUCUUCCAAUUGUUCAAUAAUUCGAUCAUUCGGAUACAUAUCUCUAUAUAAAUCAAGAAACAUGAUUUCGUCAAAAUCGAAUUCUCUUCGACACA